AUGCUACAGGGCACAAUCGUCUUCUCUUUUGUACCGGAUCGUGAUAGGGUUCUUGCAAAGAUCACAACGUUUGUGGAACGAUUUCGGAUUCAAAGCACGCUGAGGAAGCCGUCCACAGCAAAGGAACCCCAGCUGAAACCAGCUCCUCUGGAUUAUCCGCUGAUAGCGAAGUAUCCAUGUGGAGCGGAUGCUGAUGAGAAGUGUAAGGCCAAAUGGCGACGUUUGUUCGAUGAAUACGGUAGAGGGACGACAAUGUAUCGAACCGUCGAUCUGCAUCGUUUGCUGUUAGAAGGCGUACCCCUUGAUCUCCGCGGAGAGAAUUGGAUGGUAUGUUCGGGUGCGAGUGCGGAAAUGCAGCUACAUCCUGGAUACUACGAAGAGUUACUGCGCAAGCACGAGUCCGUGUACACAGUUGCAUUGGACGAGAUUGAAAGGGAUUUUAAGCCUAUCCAGCAAUGCCAGCUUUCCAAGAACGGUGAAGGUAUCGAUGCGUUGCGACGGAUUUUGACUGCGUAUUCGUUCAGGAAUCCCAAUAUUGGUUACUGCCAGGCUAUGAAUAUAGUGAGCUCGGUUUUGUUACUGUAUGUAAAGGAAGAAGAGGCAUUUUGGUUGUUGGUGGCUAUAUGUGAGCGACUUCUACCUGACUACUACAAUACGAAAGUCGUUGGUGCUCUAGUGGAUCAAGUGAAGCUUCAGGUGUUUUCUCGGAGUUGGUGGAGCGAUCCUAUGGGCAACAUCAGUACGAAACUUUCACAACUGGGAUUAGGAGAUAUGGUAGCCUUGUCGUGGUUCCUGACCAUUUUCCUGAGCGCCAUCAAAUUCGAUGCCGCUGUUCGGAUACUGGACUUGUUCUUCUACGAAGGAGCAAGGUUGAUGUUCCAAGUGGCCAUGGAAAUGCUGCGCGAGAAUGAGUCGAUCAUCUGCAAAUCAAAGGAUGAGGGUGAGACCCUGAUGGCGGGCGCUGUCAGCAAAGACAGCGAUGACCGAAACUGUCGUGAAUAUGUAGACAUUUUUUUCAUAGGUAAUAUUGUACGCCGCAAAUUCGAAUUAAUGUUAGAUACCUGUGGGUGCCCUGUUGACGAAUUCUUAGCCGCGGACUUUGGCUACUCGUUCACCAAUGAACAGAUCGAGAGACUACGAUUGAAACAUCGUCUGAAAGUAGUCCAGGUUGGACUACGAUCUGUUUUACGAGAUUGUUCGACGUCUGCUUCCAUGGCCAGUGACCACGAAUUUUGUAGUGCGACUAUUCAGGUGGCUGUUGACAUUUCGCGAUUUGCAUUGACGCUCUCGUUACUGCUGCUUGGUGACGCCACAGAGAAGCUGGCCGUCAUAUACAAGUGCCACAUUCCGCCGGCUUUCAAUAUGUCCGAUCUAGAUGAGCUCAAUCAGGCUGAAGAAGAACGAGAUGGUUGGUGUGUUGUUGAAGAGGAUGAUGCUAGGAAUUUUGGUUCUGCGAAUAAGCGUAAAGAGAGUACGGCAACGAGUGCAGUGAUGGUGGAUGAUCCAAAAUCGAGUGCGUCGUCGUUAUUCGAUCUGAUAGCUCCAAAGUCAUAUGGCAGUGAUCCGUCCGAUUCGGGUCAUGUUCCGGUUGCAGAUGAGGCAAGUGAAGAGUCGCUAUCACUGAUUGAGGAUUCCAUUAACAAACUUCGAAAUUUACGUGCAACACUAUCGUCACCAGAUGCAGCGUCCACUCGACUAGAGAUAAAGACGCUUCCGCCGAUGAAUCAGGUAAGCGUGAUUGUGAGCAGCGUGUGGCAUCCAAAUUCAUCCAGGCUAUGCAGACAUUGCCAUGAUAUGCUAAUUGCCCGAAAAGAAAAAUCACGACUGUGUGCCAAUUUGCCAGCGAGUUUGGUAGUUACCCUUCUUUUCCAACUGGGAGAGACUCAUCGCGAAAUGCAAGCCACUCUUGAAGCGGAGCUGGCCGAUGCAAUGAAGGAAGAAGGAGAUGAUCUUAAGGGUUUGACGAUGCUGAGAAGAUCGAAGUCAGACGAUGACGAUUUGCUAGAAGAAGAGGAUCUGGAUACGGCACAGCGUCGACGAAUUGCUGAGACUCGCACGGGGUAUGGGUAA